AUGUCAUGGAGAACGAUUGAAUGUGGUACACCUCAUUCGCCUAGUUCUGGUGGUGUAUGCAUCAGUGGUGUUUUGUACUACAAAGCUGCUGAUCAAUUACUUUCCAAAGCUUCUAUGAUUGUAUGCUUUGACGUUAGAUCUGAGAAGUACAACUAUGUUAGAGUUAGAGAAAGUUCCAUUGGAGCAGUGGAUACUACAACAACUCUGAUAAACUAUAAAGGUAAAUUGGCUUCACUUAUGAUGGAAAGGUCGUAUAGCUUUUGGAGCAGUAUAAGUUUUGACAUGUGGGUUCUACAAAACCCCGACAAACAAGAAUGGUCGAAGCAUACUUACAAGUUUCCCAUCUUGAGUAAUGAAGUUAGAGAGGACACGUUAUACUCUGUUAGAGUGACUGGUACAAAUGAAAUUGUGUUAUUUCCCAAAUAUGUAUCCGACCCUUUUUAUAUUUUUUACUACAAUCUCCAGAGGAAAACUAGCAGAAGUGUUGAAAUCCAAGGAAUACGAGGGAAAAAGGUUUACACUUUUCUCGACCAUAUAGAGGACGUGAAGCUUAUGUAA